CUGAAUUAAGAAAAAUAAAACAUAUGUGUAGGAGGGAUAAGUAGACAAAUCUUUCAAUACUUAAAAAAAAUUCUAAAAUAAAGGAGUCCAAAUUUUAGUGUAAAUAAAAAUGUAUUACAAGCAAACAAUGUAACAUUUCAAGACUUUAGUGCCAUUGAUUAUACGGAAUGCAGAAAUUUCAGGUAUCAUUCAUCGGGCUGAGCACACUCUUCGGGAGGACGUCCUCGCUGCUGCUCAAACAAUCCCCUUUCAUCAAAUGCAUCAAGCUCUACGAUGAGCACAACAUCGACCCGGCUCUUGAUGUCGCAGGCUUGAACACGCAGUGCAAAGUCAAAGCAUUUUUGGGCAAAGAACAGCUUAAAACUGCACUGAAGGAUGCCCACAUCAUUGUUAUCGGCGAAGAGGCAUCAAGCGAAAACAUGAAUAUAGCAGAUCCAUUUGCGUACUCUGCGCCAAAAAUAUUAGACUACGCUAACGCGAUUGCAAGCGCAGCACCAGAAGCGAUCGUUGUUGUUGCUGCAUCGCCCGUCAAUUGCUUGCUGCCGUUAAUUACGCAGAUGCUUGUCCAUCACGGAUGCUUCAAUUGUAACAAAGUUCUCGGUGCGACCACCGUAGAUAACAUAAGGGCGAAUUCUUUGCUGGCAGCACAUCUAAAGGCGGAUGCCCGACAGGUGGUUCUUCCGGUGAUCGGUGGAUCAUCCGAAGAGACGAGAGUGCCCAUUUUCUCUCAAGCGAGGCCGAAUUCGUUCUUGCCAACGGACAUAAAAGAAAAGAUAAUAAAAGGAAUAAAAAAGGGCGAGGUGGAAGUGAGGAAGAAGAAGAAAUGUCCGGAAUCUUUGAACAAAGCGUAUGCGACGUCAAGAUUUGUCAACACGAUUAUGGCAGGGCUGAGAGGAGAACCGAACGUCACGGACAUCGCCUUAACGAAGACGACUGCAGUGCCGGGGAUCGAUUAUUUCGCCCUGCCUGUCAUGUUGGGCCGGCACGGUGUGACGCAAAGGUUCGGCAUACCCACUCUGACGAGUAUGGAACAGAAUUUGGUGAAUAAAGCCAUCUCGAGCAUGAAGAAGGACAUCGACAAGGCCGGGAUUUACUGGAGGAGGGUUGCCACUCAGCCAUUCCCGGUCUUGAAUCAACAGGUCUCACCGGCGUUCGAUCUGUCCUCGGACCUCACCAACGUCGACACGAAACCGAAGAACAUGCUCUUGCCUUAUUCUUCCUCCGGUCAAGAUGAAAAAUAUCCGAAAGACAUACUGGAGAAGAGGGCAAAGCGUGCCAAACCAGCCAUGGUGAAUCCUAUAGACAGGCUUUUCCAGAUGAAGACUCAGGAUGAAAAAGAAGACACCGCGCCAUACCCAGAAUUUCGUCUUAUGAAUAAAACCGCGGUAAGUGAACAGUGGCAAAUUCCAAACUAUUCUGAAGUACAAGAUAAAACUGAAAAUGUGGGGAAAAACGCCGGUGAAAAGAAAGACGAACCCGAUUUACAAAAGGAAAACCAUUUUUUAGUAAAACCUAAUGCUCAGGCGAAUAGUGACAACGCCAAAUCUGAAAAGCCCGUUAUAAAAAAAUCAACUUCAACGAACGUCCUGAGCACAUUGAUUAAAAAAACGGAACAGAUCAUCGCCCAAAAUAAACAGGCCAUGGAAAAUCCGCCCAAGGGGAAAAAAGAAAACCCUGAAGAGAUCGAGGAAGUCAAAAAGAAACCAUUGAAACAAAAACCAGUCGUCCAGGUCAAAAUUGAAAACGUAUUGAAAGCCAGCGAAUCAAACGUUGAAAAUAAUCGGAAAGAAAUAGACAAUAAAACCGAUCUGAAGAAAAUCAGUGAAAUCCUAGAGAAAAACAAACCGAAAAUUUCCUUGGGCUCGAAAACGACGGAAAAACUCGCCAAGCCCAAGCCGUUUUCCUUUGCCAUAGAAGAUCAUGAAAAAGAAAAGUUCACUUCGAAAAAGCAGGAAAAGUUGAUUGAGCAGGCGAAGAGGGAAACGCUAAUGGCUAUGAAAUUGCAGCGCAUUGCUGAAAAGAGAGCGUCCAACGUACAAAAGUCCGUCCUGUUUACUCGUAAAGACAACCAAAAGCGAAAACCAACCGUCUCUCCGACCAAAAUCAACACGAAUUAUCCAUUAAUGAAAGGAAAAGUUCCUGAAACUUCAGUAGUUAAACCGUCAAAGGUGGAGUCGAUGUCAACGGAAAAUGUGAAAAAACCGAUCAAACAAGAGACAAAAGAGGUUAAAAAAGAAGUCAGAAUGGAACAAGUAAAAAGUUACGAUUUGGCUGAAAUAGAACAGCCUUUAAAAGCGUACAUCGGCGAACCCUUCAAGGGAAAAGCUUUGUUUUGUAAAACCACCGUCAUCGAAGAAAAGAACCCCAACGAUUUAAAAGAUGAAGGUGCAAAAGAGAGUAAAAAUUCAUUAAAAACACCUUCUAAAUUGAGUCAAAGUGAAUCGAAAAAGGAGCUUAAGGACGACGCGACCAAAUUGGUGCCAAAACAGAUAAAAAAGCACAAGUUAAAAGUUCACGUCAAAGGAGUUAAUUCAAAAGCAGCACCAAAGCUCUUGUACCCUCCAAAACUGGCUAAAACCGCUGAAUUAGUAAAAUUUGUACCAGUUGAAAAGGCAUCAAUCGAGUCGAAGGGUGUCAAGAACCUUUUACAGAAACAAAUGAAAGUCAAUUUGCAAACGACCCUGGCCGAAGAAAACGCCACGAAGCAAGACUUGACUUCGAAAUCAGCAGAUAACAAGACCGAAGUUGAUAUGAAAUACAGGGAACGAAAGGUCGAGGAGAAAAAACAGCAGGCGGAAAGCAAAGUUCCGAAUGUCAAAGAAGAGCUCAAGCGUAAAGACGAUAAAAACAUGACCCUUUUGCAGAUACUCACUGCACAUGCGGAAAAAUCAUCGAAAGUAAAGGAAGUCCGGGUAGAAGAAGUGAAAAAAGAAUUAAAAAAAGAAGUAACAAAAGAAGUGAAAAAAGAAGCGAAAAAAGAAGAACCUCCAAAAAUGGAGGAUAUUCCAGCUGAAAUGUCCCAGGAGGACAAAAAGUCUGGUUCUUUUAAAAACUUGCUCCAAAUGUUGCCGGCAACUCGAAAGAAUUUCCUCAAACCGAAAGACAAAGUCAAACUUCUUGAAGAGGCCAAAAAGUUGGCCGAGUUGAAAGAACAGGAACUCAAAGCGAUGGCGGAAGUCCCGAAAAAAGUCAUCGUGAUCAAUCCUGUUAAUAAAAGUAUAAAAAACGAGAAAGCCGAAAGUUGUGCCGAAGCUAAUUCACAAAACGAAAAAAGCCGUUCACCGCGCAAUUCUAACAUGAAACCUAAAUUUGCCACAAUAGACGAAGAAGUCUCAACAACAGAGGACAACGAGAAAACUGAGUCCGAAAUUAGAGAAAAUGAAGCAAAGGUGCAAAGACUAAACUUUGUUCCUUCCGAAUCAGGCCAGCAAAACAAUGAAAUCUUCAAAAAGCAAGGGAAAGCUACAACCCCCUUACAACUUAUCCAAAGCCAGCAAUUAGAGAAGUCGAAGAAAAAUAAAAAGACCAAGAACUUUUCGGAAAAUACUGUAAGCGAUAGACUGCAUAGAACGUUGAAAUCGUUUUUCAGAAGGCGAACGGCUGCACAAAAACACAAUGAAAAGAAUACACUCGUAUUAAAAAAGGAACUGUUGAAGAAUAAGCAAUUGCUUUAUAAAUUUAACGCGAUGAAGACUCCCAAAAUAAAACCGAUAAAGAACACCAUAGCAUCUAAAACGAUGCUUAUAACUGAAAGCGCAGGAAGGAACCCUUAUAAGAACGUCGUUCUUACCAGAAAGUCUGAUGAAAUUCUCGACACCAAACUCUCCAAAUAUUUGACCUUAUUCCCCAACUGCUAUCACACUUUAAAGUAUGAGGAUAAAGAGUUUUCUAAAAGUUUCAAACAGGCGCUCAAAGAAAAGCUGAGAGUACCGGUCACAGUGCCGUUAGCCGAUCCUUCCAAGCAGAAAUGUAUCACUAAGCCGAAAAGAAAAAAGCAGAAAACAUUGCUUCACAUGCUGACGCAAGAAAAACGGCCCGACAAGGUUACCAUGUCGUUGAGGAAGAUCAAACUCCCGAAAGACAUAUUCGUCACCAAGAAAAAAGAAGCAUUCGUCAAAAUACCUAGAACCCUUCAUACAGGCACUUGCGCCGAUAUGGUCAAGACAAUAGGUAAAAGCGUACCCACUGAGGAGAAACCUUACGUGCCUACUGCAAGCGGCACCACGGUAGAACAAGCUGGAUAUUCGCCCCCAGUGAAAGAAAUAGACGCCCUUCCCAAUUUCAGCCUCAACGAAUACAACUGUAAAUCGAACUUCCUACCGAACCUGAAAUUUAUGAGAGAUCCUAGAUGAGGGACCUGGCUGUAUGUACACCUUUAAGGUUAUAUCCAAUCCUCUUGGAUUAAGGCAUCAAGAGGACAUUCCUUCAUUGGCUGCUUCAAAUGUACGUGCUUAAUUCAUCACAUCGAUUAACAAUAUUUUUUUUAAAUAAAUUGUCUUUUAGUGAAUGAAAAUGUUAAACU